CUAGAUGACGCCCUGAAUGCUGUGAUUUAAUGUAAUCAAUAUUUAUGUGAUGCCAAACUUCUAUACUUGAAACUCCACUAUACAUACAUAUUUCGUACGAUUUAUAGAAGUUUGACAGUUUAAUUUGUUAUCCGGUUAUGGUCAACGAUUGUACGUUUAUGUCGCUCAUGUAUAUCAAAACAUUAUGUAAACCAAAUUGUACUACCUACGUUCCUGAGAUCUUCUAAGUCGGAGCAUAUGCACAGUAUACCUUAACUUUUCGGAGGUCUGGCAUAAAACCCGGCCAGCAGUGAGCUCAUCGAUUUAGUGUGCUUUUGUUGGCCAAGCUUCGACGAUGUUGCUCCACUGGAAGUGUGUUCUGCUGAUCGGCGGUUGCUGCCUGGUUUCGAUAAUCUCAGCGCAGAUUCAUAUAACGCCCCGGGAAUGCCCGGAAAACGAGACUUUCCUGGCCUGCGGUCCCAGUUGCCAAACGGAGUGCGCCACUCUCGGAAAACCUUGCCUGGUCCGCCACUUCCGAUGUCCUGAUGGAUGCUACUGCAACAAGGGAUUCGCUAGGGACUCCGGGGGCAGGUGCAUUUCCCUUAACAAGUGCAAACAAAUCGGUUACGGGGAGUAAUGCGGUUGUCAAGAAAUUUAUAAUUAAAAUCAGCUGAAUCGACGGACUA